UGUCGGCUUAUGUCCCAACGGAUUGCAGUUCUGAGGCGAAGAAGGAUACUUUCUAUCGAGAGUUAUCCGGGCUCAUUCGUCAAGCAAAAUGCACUGAUAUUGUGAUCCUUGCAGGCGAUUUGAAUGCUCAAGUAGGUCGCCUGAGCUCCUUGGAAUCACAUUUGAGUGGUCGAUUCGGAGUCGAUGCUCGCCGCACAGACAAUAGGACUUUUCAGACUCCUCAUGAUGAAUCCCCAGAUGAACUGGAACCGGUCAACCCACAUCCUAUACUACCAUUCGCCCGGGAAGAUCCGAUCGAAACCCACGAUUUGGUGGUUGCAAAGAUGGCAGCUGAUGGGGCUGUCUGGGUCCCACAGUCCACUCCACCCGUCCAACACCCAAAUCGCCGGUCAAACCCACCAGACAGUUUAAGAUGGUAUUCUGCCGAGAUUGAAGAAGAUCGCCUACAUUCUCCCACCAAUGAAGUUGCCAGACGAAAGCAACAAGAUGACUAUAUCCGGCAACUACAAACGUAUUACGAUAACUUACUGGCUAAACAUGCAUUGGCUGAAGUCACUAUUGACCAGCUCCGUAUGGGUGCUCAAGUUCGAACGGAUUCCGAGGAACGGCGGUCCGUAGGUUUCGAUAGCUCCAGGCCCUCAUUUGGCGGUGGCUUGCGGCGAUCCAUGCAGUACCUUUCCCAACCUGUGGGCCCACAGACCCCCUCACGGUCUGGUUCCGUGUUCCUGUCGAACAUUGGUCAGCUUCGUCCCAACUUCGGUGAAACACCAACAUCUCGAUAUGCUUCCACACCCUAUCUUCGUUUACCUAGUCCUUCGAUUGAAAGCAAGCAUCUGCCUCCACCUCCCUAUCCGCCCCCCUCCUCCAUCCAGCAACACAACCAAUCACGCUUGUCAGAAGUUGACGUUAGCCGCAUACGAAGCUCCCUGGAGAAUGGCGAUCAGUCUCGAUAUGACCUGAGAAAUUCGGUUAGUGGUGGAACUCUGCGUAGGAGACCCAGCGUUGAAAUGCCGCACGACCGCCAGCAAAUCCAGUCGUCUACUGGCGAAAGAAAUCACCCUGGUCCGGUUCCUUCUGAUAGAUUGCAAGACACAACACCCAGUAGAAUAGGAUCUUCUCAGUACCUCUCAAAGCAAACCGUUUCUGUGCCGAACCCCUCUCUACAACAGCCAGUUACUGUCUUGGAUAGCCAAAGACAAUCUUCUCCUGAUUCCGUGUUGCCAGUGCAUCCUGAAACGUCGUCGAGUCCUACAGACACUACUGGCCAGUAUUCGGAUUCCGUUCGGAUGCAUCUGUUAUUCAGUAUUGGAAAACUUCAAGCCUCAUUGACCGGUCAUCAGCGGCGGUUUGUUGAAACCGGCGAGGCUCCGACUAGAGCCCAACUGGACUCGUAUAGGGAGGACUAUUCCCUGCUCAAAAAGUGCUUCCAAGCGGCUAAGCAACACUGGAGAGGUUCGUUCUCUUCCGUCGAAAAAUUCGAUUCAGACGCCAGUAUGGAUAAAGACAUUUUCCAAAUCGGACUGCAAUUGGACGAUUUAGAAGCAUGUUUCCGCAUAAAGAAUUCUAUUCUAAACCUCCCUCCCGACACGGUCAAUGGAGGAAUUCACAGGUCACAGCCGUCGGACAGCCAUCAUUCGGCAGACCUCACAACUCCUAGUCACGGAACAGGAACAUCCUCUUCGCCUAGACAUAGCAACAGUCUUGCAGAAAACGAAUCAUACCCCUCCAGCCUGCACAGCUCUUCGCCAGUGAAAGACAACUUUUGCGCACUGGACAGCCUGUAUCUACAUCUAAUGGACCAGUAUAAGACAGUUUGCAAACAGCUGCCCUUGACAAGUGAUCGUGCACAACAGUUGCACGACUUGAUGAAGCAUUUGUUUGAUCUGGCCCACGCUGCUGACGGACAGUCCAGCGUCAUUCCAACAGCUGACGAACUGGAAAGCCUGCUCCAAAUGGACAGUGAUGCGCGCAACUUGGAUGAAGAGGUGAAUCGGAUGAAUGUCCGAGAGAACAAGCUGUCCGUGGACUCACGUAUGUCCAUUUUUCUCCCCCUGACAUUCUAUGGUGCUUUGUCUUGCAGAGGUUACGUACAACUCCACUGCCUCAUCGACCAGAGUAAAUCGAAGGUGCCUCCACAAUCAACUCAAUUGGAUGUGUCCAGUUCCACAACACAAGACAGUGGAUUGUUCAUUUCUUCUGUCGCCUCAGUACGGUCAAAAACAAAAACAAAGCUCCCUACCCGCACCACACCCAGAUUGUCCUCUAAUUCAAGCGCCCGCGAACGGUGUCCCAUCCCAGCGGAUUUGGAUGCGAGUUCAACAGUUCAGUCAACACCUACAUACAGCGCACCUCGGGAACGUGUGUCCGGCAGUAGCCUGUCUCAUUCCAACUCAGUGUUUCUUUCCACUAGGAAAACCAAUCAGUUAUCGCGUGCUUCACAGACCCCGCCACUUCAGUCCACAGUUGAGCCUGCGGUUCGCUACCGAAACACAAAAGCUGAAGCCUUGAACCUGAAUCGAAUCGACGAAAGACCACUGUGCACGUCGAGAAUGUGUGUUACCGAAAAUGCCGCGACCCAGCCUACUCGUAUAGUCCCGUCCGUACAACAGCGACAACAACCAGUGAUGGAGAAAUCAGGUGAGGCAGAUUCUAACUCGGAUCCCUAUGUGACAAGUGACGAAGAUGAACGAACGCAGUCCGCAGACGAAUGCUCAACCCAAAGUGAUUACUCUGUGAAAUUGAUGAGUCCAACUUCACGAAUGGACCACGCUCACCGAACACCACCGCACCAUACGUCAUCAACAACCACUGUACCAAUCUACACUUCGAAUUCAAAGGCACCAUUUCCCACCAGUGAUACAACAGUGAAUCCUCCCAACAGCUCCCUGAAGCAGCUAUUUCGGCGCCAACUAAACCGUCGAGUUUCCGCACGAACCGCCCGCGUAGUUCCAAACACAUGUUCGGCGGCUGUUAGUCGACCCAUGCUAUCUGGAGGAUUUAAACCUGCGCGAUGUUACGUUGUGCUUGAUCCAGGAGAAUCCGAUAUGUAUCCGCCGCCGCCCGCCUACGCCUCGUCCUGCCGUUGCUGUAACACCGCAAGAUCUGUCUCUGACUUGAACUCCUGCCCCCUCGCAUGCAAGUGUUUUACCUGCGGUGGGACGGGAGAACUGCCGGUAUCAUUUCGAGGCUCGAUGGCCUCUCUCGCUCACCCGGACUCUCAUGGAGUACCAUGUGUAGCCUGUCCCCCCAGUCCUCUCCGUAGACGAGUAAUGUCCUACAGCAAUCUCGCUGGACCCGAAGCACACUACUCAGUGAGAGAAUACAGCGCCUGGGGUGGUCACCGGUACUACUUCCAUGAAUUUCAGCGUCCAUAUUCGCAUCGGCAACAUCAUCACCACCAUCGCAUGGAAGUCCACAGUUGAAUGAUUUCCUUGUUG